AAAAAGAUAUUUUGUUGUUAGGUAAAUAUAAUUUUAUUUUGCUACUUAGACGAUAUUGGGCGACCCGCGACGCUGUCUUGGAAAAAGACUGUGAAACAAUGGACUCCAUAGCGAAACUGGAUAAGGAGAAGAUGUACUGUUGCAGAAUUUGCAACUUCGACAGUAUGCAACUCCAUGACUAUAUGAAGCAUAUAACCACACAUGUUUUCCAGAGCAAAGUUAUUGUGUCACAAGAUACAUUUUACCAUUGUGAUAAGUGCCGAUGUGCCUUUCUGACUGACAACGCUCUAAAACUACACAGAAUGGCUCAUGUUAUCAAGGCUGUUAAAGUGAAGGAGAAAAAACAUGAGGCAAGAUAUCUUGAUGAAAAAUAUGUUAAGCGCUACAGUUGUAGUGAGUGCGACUACAAAUUUGUACUGAAGAGUACGUUGGAUAUGCAUAUGGAAGCACACAAACCAUUGAAGCAUGUGUGCAGCUGUGGUAUAGCCUAUUAUGAGAAAAAAGAUCUUAACAGUCACAAAAAAUUAGUACAUAAAAAUAUUAUAUUAAAAGAAGCUAAAACAGAAAAAAUAACAAAAAUGCCUGCUGUAAAAGUUAAGUUAGAAUAUGCAAGCGACCUUGACGAGUCUGAAAACAAUUUUGAUCUAACAAAGAAAAAUGAGAAGACUAGUAAAAACAAGUUUAAAAUAGAAGUCGAAGUUGAAACGGAACAGCAAGUAAAAUCUUAUUAUAAAAAGAAUUCAUUUGAAAUAAUUUCGUGUAACAAUUGUGACCAGACAUUUACUGUGCUGGAUAUGAGAAAACAUGUAGAAGAAAUGCAUAAAAAUGUUCCAUACUCGUGUAGAUGCUGUUACUUGAGGUUUGCAAAAAAGGAAUUGGUGGAGGAGCAUCGCAACAAUGUACACAGAACUAGAACUUGCAAUAUUUGUAGAAAGAAAUUUGUGACAAAGGCCUCAUUAGAUAAGCAUAUGUUCAGUCAUAAUCCCAAUUCUAGACCACGUUAUGUUUGCCCCAUUUGCAAAAAACGCUAUGCACAGCAAGCUAGUCUAAAUGUUCACCUACUAAGGCAUAAGGGAGAAAAAUGUUUUGGAUGUAAAACCUGUAGUAAGAAAUUUUAUGACCGACAUGCUUUGCAAAAUCAUGAAAGAACUCAUACUGGUGAUAAACCAUACGUCUGCCAGUACUGUAACAAAGCCUUCAGUGAUCCUUCAGCCCACAUCAGACACGUCCGGAUUCAUACCAAAGAGUACCGCUACUUCUGUACUGAGUGCCCAAAAAAAUUUACCGAUGCGAGCUCAAUGAUAAGACACAAACACAAGCAUGGCAAAGGACAAAAAGAUUUAAAGGUCAAUUGUGACAUUUGUGGAAAAUCCAUUAGCAAUAUACAUAACCUUAAAAAACAUAAAUUAGUAAUGCACGAAGAUAUUAAGAUGUUUCAAUGUCAUGAUUGUGGCCAAAAAUUUUCAAGCAAAGGGAAUGUUUUUAUGCACAUUCAAAAUAAGCACUCUGAAAGGCCGGAGUGUGCUUAUUGCGGAAAAAAGGUUGAAAAUAAAAAAGCUCUGCAGAGGCACAAAGACAAACAUCAUCCCAUUAUUUUGUACUGCAGUAGCUGUCCCCAAAAGUUUCACAGAGAAGAUAGUUUUCAAAAGCACAAACUUGUGUGUUCCCAGAGAAACUCGGAGAAAAAAGAUUAGUUUUUAAACACACAAUAUUAAUGUGUUCUAAGAAAACUCGAGAAAAAAUUGUUCCACUGAUUUAUUACAUUCAGAUAUAAAUCUGUUGCAAGUCGAAGACUGGGUUGCAC